UGCCCUUUUCCAACCCGGAAGAGCUCUGAUCUUCUAGACAGCCAGGAGGAGGCGAGGAGGAGGUCAGAGAUUUGGGUGGGUGUUCAGAGGAUGUGGAUCACCCACGUUUUACUUCUCGCUGGAAGCUCGAGAGAUGCCAUCAGCAGUCGCAGCCGGAGCAGUCGAGUCUGUCUGUCAUUGCUGCCCUUAGAUCUUCAGCAGAUCAGGAAAAAAUAAAAAGCAGCUGCCCAGGUGAUCAAAGAAGAGAAACAUCUGCAAAGAGCGGAAGAUACGGUUGGGAUCUCGCUUCUUAGAUUUUUGUUUGUUUUCCCUACUAUUUUUUCAUCUUUUUUUGGAAUCGAUUAUUAUUAUUAUCAUUUUAUUUAUUUAUUAUUUUUUUUAAAAAAAGCACCACAACAUCUCUCUGUCUAUAAACUCACCGCCUACCUUCCCGUUGAAAGUCUGCCCAGCUUUGGGGAGGAGGAAGAGAGACAGUCCCGCACCGAGAGAGCGCGAUGGAGGUGACUGCCGACCAGCCGCGGUGGGUAAGCCACCAUCACCCCGCGGUGCUGAAUGGGCAGCAUCCGGACUCACACCACCCAGGGCUCGGCCAUUCCUACAUGGAUCCAACUCAGUACCCACUGGCCGAGGAGGUGGAUGUACUUUUUAACAUCGACGGACAAGGGAAUCACGUCCCUUCCUAUUAUAGCAACUCGGUCCGAGCCACGGUGCAGAGGUACCCGCCGGCCCAUCACGCAGGGAGCCAGGUGUGUCGCCCACCGCUUCUCCACGGAUCUCUCCCUUGGCUGGACGGGAGCAAACCCCUAGGGGGCCACCACAGUGCGUCUCCUUGGAACCUGAGUCCCUUCUCCAAGACCUCGAUCCAUCACAGCUCUCCGGGACCCCUCUCCGUCUACCCGCCGGCUUCCUCCUCCGCUUUAUCAGCCGGCCACUCCAGUCCGCACCUUUUCACCUUCCCUCCGACCCCUCCCAAAGAUGUCUCCCCGGAUCCCUCCAUCUCCACCCCGGGAUCCACCGGCUCCAGCCGGCAGGACGAGAAGGAAUGCAUCAAGUACCAGGUGUCUCUGGCUGACACCAUGAAGCUGGAGUCCUCUCACUCCCGCAGCACCAUGGCAUCGCUAGGAGGGGCCUCCUCUUCCGCUCACCACCCCAUCACCACCUACCCGCCCUACGUCCCAGAAUAUGGCUCUGGACUCUUCCCCCCCAGCAGCCUCCUAGGGGGCUCGCCUACCGGGUUUGGGUGCAAAUCAAGACCAAAAGCCCGCUCCAGUACAGAAGGCAGGGAGUGUGUAAACUGUGGCGCUACCUCAACCCCCCUGUGGAGGAGAGAUGGCACCGGGCAUUAUCUGUGUAACGCCUGUGGACUCUAUCACAAAAUGAACGGGCAGAACCGGCCCCUGAUUAAGCCCAAGAGAAGGCUGUCUGCAGCAAGACGGGCGGGCACAUCCUGUGCAAACUGUCAGACCACCACCACCACGCUGUGGAGGAGAAAUGCCAAUGGUGAUCCCGUCUGUAACGCCUGCGGGCUCUAUUACAAGCUGCACAAUAUUAACAGACCCCUGACUAUGAAGAAAGAAGGAAUUCAGACCAGAAACCGAAAAAUGUCUAGCAAAUCCAAAAAGUGCAAAAAAGUCCACGACAACCUGGAAGAUUUCCCCAAGAGCAGCUCGUUUAAUCCCGCCGCCCUCUCCAGACACAUGUCCUCCAUCAGCCACAUUUCACCUUUUAGUCACUCUAGCCACAUGCUGACUACGCCGACACCGAUGCACCCGCCAUCCAGCCUCUCUUUCGGACCUCAUCAUCCUUCCAGCAUGGUCACUGCCAUGGGUUAGAGACAGACUCCCCCUGCUGAAUGCUUACGGUCUCAAAAUGAGAUUUACUUUAUAUACUUGCAUUUUUGCAGGCGUGCGGUUAUCCAGUUGAAGCCCAAAACAAAUGGAUAAAAAUUAAAAAAAAAAAAGUUAUUUGAAGGCAUAAAAGGAAAAAAAAGGAAAAAAAAGUGAUGUUUGCCACUUUUUAAAGGAACUCACUAUGGUGUCUGUAUUCUCAACCUCUGAAUCUGGACUCCAUCUGUGAAUAAGCCAUUCAGACUCAUAUUCCCUAUUUAACAGGGUCUCUAGUGCUGUGAAAAAAAAAAGCUGAACAUUGCAUAUAACUUAUAUUGUAAGGAAUACUGUACAUUUGAGGAAGACUUUAUUGCAUCUGGGUAAGCUGUAAAGACAGGCAUGAAGGACUCAGAGGAAAAUUUUUUUAAAGGCGGAUGGGGAGGAGAAUAAAAAUGCCGACUGAGAAGAACCAGAUCUAACGAACGAAUGGACAAACCGCCAGUCGUGUCUUCUCUCUCUCUCUCUCUCUCUGGCUGGCUCAAAUUGUUUGAUGCAUUAACUAACUAACUAACUAAAAGCUGUAGGCAGAUCAUUCAUUCAAGGCACCAGGCCUUCUACAUAGGAAGUAAUAAUGGUUUUGGGGCAAUCAGUGUUAACAUAUGGAUAUUGCCAGUGAGGGUUUUCAGAUAGCCAUUCUUCAGGCCUAUAUGCAUUGUGAACAAGUUCCUGUAAUUGUUGUUUGUAUGUAUAAUUCAAAGCACCAAAUUAAGAAAGAUGUAGAUUUAUUUCAUCCUAUAAUACAGACUGAAUGGUUGUAUAAAUUUAUUUACUGCUAGUGUUAAGACCUGUUUUUUUUUUUGGUUUUGUUUUGUUUUCAUAUUUUUUCCCUCUUUUUUUUUUUUUGGAGAAUAAACUAGAUUAAAUUCUGUUGACUUACAGGCGUUUUGUGCUUGGCGGUGUGUGGAGGGGGAUUCUUUUCAUUUUUGUUUUGAUGAUAUUUAUUAAAUAGCUUUCCUGGGUAUGGGCGACGUGUAUCUUUUUCAGCUCCUUUCGACGGCCAGUGCAAUGUUUGCGGUGGUUUAAAAAUAAAAUAAAAUAAAAUAAAAUAAAUGAAGUGCACGUUAGAGUGA